CAGGGAGAGGCAGCGCCGGUGCCUUCCCCGCCCGGCCAGGGCGGGGCAGGGGGGCGGCCGUUGCCGCCGCUUCCCGGUCGCCCGCUACGGCCCGGGCCGCGGCAGGAACCAUGAGCGGCUCCGGCCCGGAGGGGCCGCAGCCCAGCCAGGCGGCGGAGCAGGACCGGCAGCAGGAGGCCGAGCGGGACUGGGCAGCGGCCAAGGCUUUCUAUGACAAUCUGGUUACUCAGAGACCCCGGCCGCCCAAGCCCCAGAACGCCAUCACGGUGGCCGUGUCCUCCCGAGCACUCUUCAACCUGGUGGAGGAGCAGCGGAUCUACGAGGAGCAGGGCGUGGAGAAGUACGUGGAGUACCAGCAGAAGAACGAGAACAUCAUCCUCAAGCCCGGACCGGCGUUCUACUUCGUCAAGGCACUGGAGCACGUCAAUGCCCGGCUGCUGGAGCUGUACCCUGAUGACGAAGAACGCUUUGAUAUUGUCCUGAUGACAAACAACCAUGCCCAAGUGGGAGUGAGGCUCAUAAACAGCAUCAAUCACUAUGGUUUAACAAUUGAACGUUUCUGUAUGACGGGGGGAGAGAGCCCCAUUGGUUACCUGACCGCGUACCUCACCAACCUGUACCUCUCAGCGGAUUCUGACAAAGUGCAGGAAGCUAUAGAAGCAGGCAUUGCAUCAGCUACGAUGUUCACUGCUAACAAAGAUGUUGUUUACUCGGAUACACAGCUGAGGGUGGCUUUUGAUGGGGAUGCUGUUAUCUUUUCUGAUGAAUCAGAACAGAUUUACAAAGAGCAAGGAUUAGAUAGAUUUUUUGAACAUGAACAGAUGAAUGAAAAUAAGCCUCUUGCACAGGGUCCUUUGAAGGGUUUUCUGGAAGACCUGGGAAAACUCCAGAAGAAGUUCUAUGCAAAAAAUGAACGAUUAAAUUGUCCUAUCAGGACCUACCUGGUCACAGCCAGAAGUGCAGCGAGCUCUGGAGCCAGAGUGCUGAAGACUCUUCGUAGCUGGGGUCUGGAGAUUGAUGAGGCACUUUUCCUAGCAGGAGCACCUAAAGGACCAAUCCUGGUGAAAAUCCGCCCUCACAUUUUCUUUGAUGACCAGAUGUUCCACAUUGAAGGAGCACAGAAAUUAGGCGCCAUAGCCGCACAUGUCCCCUAUGGCAUUUCUCAGAAGUACCAAAAAUCUACAUGACUGGAGGGUGCCAUUAAGGAUAAGGUUCUUAACUCAGCCAGCCUCUAAUGUACCAAUAGUUACAUCUGAAAAUCUCUACAUUUGUGUAUUGUAAGCAUUGUGUCUAAAAUUUAACUUUUGGCUAGAACAGCCUUUAAAGGAAGUAUUUUUAAUAUUGGUAAGUUUUUAAUAGAGUUAUUUUAAUAUAAUUCUUAAGGAGUUUAGAUUUUUUUACCUGUCUGUAUCUAACAUUGUGGUUCUGAUAUUAGGAGAUUUGUACUGUUUUUAUAGCUUGAGACAUAUUCUGAGACAGAACAGUUAUAUUUUAUCUAAAAUCUGUUGACGGGUUAUUUAUAAGAAAAUUCAUGCUGCAAUGCUGGUUCUUGACAGUCAUUUCUGAAGUUCCCAAAAGCACAGUUUACAUGUAACUGUUUACCUGUUGGUGGUUUGCUGGUUAAAUAUGUGUUCAAUAGGUCUGUAACCACACGGUUUUGGCUCCUAGUAAAAUAUUAGUGCAUUUGGUUGUGUUUGCACAUAUUUUUCUAUAUUGUUUUCUUAUCUUAAUAAAGCUGGCUUUACAGAA